AAGCAUGGCGGUCAAUUUCGGUGGCACUUAACUGUGUCGGCAGCGGAGCCACUAAAACGCCGGACCAAUGGCGCCGAUAUUGGAUAGAGUUCAAAGCAAAAACUAAAGGAAAAGCUGCAGACAUGCGGAGGAGCACAUCUGCGACUGGUGGAGGCCCUAACAGGCUGGUCCCUCUUAACUAUAUAGAGGAAAAGGUGCUGGCUUUGUUAGGCCCUGUUGUGGUUGAGGGAUUGCCUGGUGUGCGCUUGCCCAUUGAUAUAUUGUCACUUGGUGACCCACCAACUUCCCAGCCAUCAAUGUCUGGAGCUGUGGCUGUACACACCUCACAGCCUCCGGUGCCUCCUAAGCCCUCAACCUCUACUUAUGAUGAGCAGAUAAUGGAGGUUGAAUGGCUUGACGACAGCCUUCUAGAGGGGACACAGCCUGUGGAGCAGAUGCCUGCUGCAGAGGCUGUGGAGCAGACGCCUGCUGCAGAGGCUGUGGAGCAGAUGCCUGCUGCAGAGGCUGUGGAGCAGAUGCCUGCUGCAGGGGCUGUGGAGCAGAUGCCUGCUGCAGGGGCUGUGGAGCCCACACUAUCUAGUGAGGCUGCUAUUAGUAAGUACUUCUUAAUUAAUAAAUAAAAAACAGCUUUUUAUUUUAUUUUUACUAGGCCUAGCGAUAAGCAAGUAGUAAUGAUUAUGAUCGUUUUUUGUUUCUCUUUUUUUCACAAUUUGAUCUGAAAAUUACCCUUACUGCAGCUCAAGUUGCUCAAGUAGUGUUGCUAAGACGUCAAGGGCGUACGCAGUGGAAGAUGGUUGAAACUUUAAGUGCACCGCGUAUAAGUGAAAGAUAUGCAUAAAAAAUGCAUGACCAGACUGGCCUUUACACAAGAAGACCAGAAAGUGGGGUGUAAGGUGUUCGUCAGCGCACGACGACCGAUUUAUCGUACGUGCAAUUAUGAAAAAUCGGUUUCUCACUGCGUUAGAGAUACGCCAGCCUUUGCAAACAGCAAGAGAAGUCAACGUCCGUAAGUGCACAACAAGAAGAAGGAUAGAGGAACGGGAUGUGCGUGCUCAAAGACCAACUCGAGGCCCGGGACUCCUCCCGCACCAUCGCGUAGCCAGACUUAGGUUUGCAAGAGAACAUGCAAAUUGGACGCAUGACUAAUGGAGUAAAAUUUUAUGGACCGAUGAAUGCAGAGUCGUCCUAAGAGCUUCAGA